AUGAAUCAACGAAAACCGUCCACGAGUUCAGGCAAUGCUCUUCAACAAUACCAGGAGACCGAUGGACAUUUUUCUCUUGUCAGAAACUUUCGACUAGCUGACUUAGUGACAAUAAUGAACGGUGUCUGUGGAUCCUUUUCGAUAUUUUCCUCGGCACGCUAUCUCCUCAACAACGACCCCGAUUACCUUUGGAGCGCUCUGGUCUUCCCCCUAGCGGGCCUAAUGUUCGACUUUCUGGACGGAAAGGUUGCGAGAUGGAGGAACUCCAGUAGUCUUUUGGGACAGGAACUGGACAGCUUGGCAGACUUGAUCUCGUUUGGAGUCGCUCCCUCCCUGUUGGCAUUUACUGUCGGACUCAGAACAUACCUGGAUACGGUAGUCCUCACCGCCUUUGUAUGUUGCGGAUUAGCCAGACUUGCACGCUUCAAUGCUACUGUCGCCCUCGUUCCAAAGGAUGCGACCGGCCGGGCGAAGUACUUUGAAGGGUUGCCAAUCCCAUCAUCUUUAGUGUUGGUGGGCCUUCUCGCCUUCUGGACGAAGAUGGGAUGGAUAGAAGGACAACAAGGUAUUCCUGGUGGCACGGUCACGUUAUGGGGAGAAUCGGGUGGCAGAGGAGAGAUUCACGUUGUCUCCGUCGUAUUCGGGUGUUGGGCCGCUGCAAUGGUCAGUAAGACCUUGCGGAUACGCAAGCUGUGA